GGGCUAUCUAUCAACUCAAAACAUUUAGUAUCGACUUUGUUUUUCAAAUAAUCUAUUUUGCGUAUCGUUUAAUUGCAAUUGAAUAUAUACGUAUGUCAUAAUAGUUUUUACUAUUGCCGUUUGCUCACAUCAAAUAAACGUAAGUACGACGACGCAAUUGUCUUCUUCUGAACGAUAUACGCUGUUGAAAACAAUAAUUCUUACGACUAUUAGGAAAGAAGAAAAGAGAUUGUAGCGUAGAAAUCAUAUACUUUACUACACUUUUUAUGUCUUGGAAUAACCAGGUAUGCAUUUCGUGUCAUUUAACAUGCAUGUGAGCAAGAGGUUAAAAAAGAACAAAUGUUUUUUUUAAUCUGUGCACGUAGGACGUUUGACUAACUUAAACUGCACAUUAUAAUAUUACAGCAUUUGAGCUUUGCAUGUUAUUACGUCAUUUCUUAUAGUUUGUCCAUAAAUGGCUGCUUACAUAAAUCGUACAAUGGCACUGGGCGAUUCAAUGAUUUCUCGCCGUAAACCAGCUCUAGAUGAAAAAUUGUCUUCUCCGUUACAGGUCUUUGGGCAAGCUAAAAAACAAAUUAAUGGUAUAUUUGUUAAUAUACAAGACUAUGUAGCCAAUGCAUCUGAACGUAUGACUGAUAUGAACAUUGAAUGUCCUGAUGUGAUUAAUGAAAAAGAAUUGAAGUCUAUACUAGAUUAUAGAUCUAAAGUUAAAGGAAUUUGUGAAGUAUUGACCCGUGAUCAUAUGAAAGUUGCAUUCUUUGGAAGAACGAGCAAUGGAAAAAGCACAGUUGUGAAUGCUAUGUUGGGAGAUAAAGUUCUUCCCAGUGGCAUUGGUCAUACAACUAAUUGUUUUUUACAAGUUGAAGGUUCUCAAACUGGCGAGGCAUAUUUAGUUACCGAAGGUAGUAAAGAAAAACAAAAUGUAGAAUCUGUUAGUCAUUUGGCACAUGCAUUGAAUUAUGAAAAACAAUUGAAUGAGAAAGAACUAGUACAUGUAUAUUGGCCAAAAGAUAAGUGUGGCUUAUUAAGAGAUGAUGUGGCAUUAGUUGAUUCUCCAGGGGUAGAUGUAACACCACAUUUGGAUGAUUGGAUUGAUGCUCAUUGUAUUGAUGCUGAUGUUUUUGUUUUGGUUGCUAAUGCUGAAUCUACAUUAAUGAUAACUGAAAAAAAUUUCUUUCAUAAAGUUUCUUCGAAAUUGUCAAAACCAAAUAUAUUUAUACUAAAUAAUCGCUGGGAUGCAUCUGCUAAUGAACCAGAAUUUUUAGACCAGUUUAAUAGCCAAGAACAGGUGCGCAAACAACAUAUGGAACGUGCAACAGAUUUCCUUGUAAAAGAAUUGAAAGUUUGUACAGCUGAAGAAGCAGCAUCACGAGUAUUUUUUAUUUCUGCUAAAGAAGUCUUACAAGCUCGUGUUCAAGAGCGAAAAGGAUUAGCUCCAAAUAGUGGAGCACUAGCUGAAGGAUUUAUUACGAGAUACAAGGAAUUUGAAGAAUUUGAACAUAAAUUUGAGGAAUGUAUCUCAAAAUCUGCGAUCAAGACUAAAUUUUUAAAUCAUUCACAGCAAGGAAAGCAUUUAAUCGAUGAAAUAUGUAAAAUUAUGGAAACCAUUUUCAAAAGAAGCCUAGAGCAAACUAAGAUAAAAGGGGCUCAGAAAAAAGAAUAUCAAGAAAAGUUGAAUUUUACUAAUCAGCAACUUGAAAAUUUAACGAAUAUGUUAAAAAUAAAAAUUAGGAAUGUGACUGAUGAUGUGGAGGACAAAGUAUCUAAAGCAUUGAAUGAUGAGAUUCGCCGGCUAUAUGUUUUAGUUGAUGAGUUUAAUGCAUCAUUUAAUUCAGAUCCAUUUGUUUUGAACGUUUACAAAAAAGAACUUAAUAGCUAUGUUGAAACAGGUCUUGGUAGCAACUUGAGAGCUAGACUUUCUACUGAUUUUGCUAUGACUAUGGAACAAAGUCAAAAAGAAAUGGUCGCUAAGAUGUCAUCACUUUUGCCAGAAAACAAAAGAAACAUUAGUUUAUCAAAUUCGAAAUGUAAACCAUUUGAAAUUUUGUACCGUUUACAUUGUGACAACCUAUGUUCAGAUUUUCACGAAGAUCUCGAGUUCAAGUUUUCUUGGGGCUUAAGUAAAAUAUAUAGGCGUGUGACUUCUUUGAAAAUAUGGUCACAAACACAAUCAAGAAUUUCUUAUUAUCCGUCUCAGAAUCAAUCAACUAGUGCUGAAGGAUCGUUUAAUAAUAAUCAAUCAAUAGUUGAACAGAAUUUACCUUUCAUGAGUCGUUUUCUAGGUGGAAGUGAAGUUACUAUGAUUGGAGGACUCUGUGCAGCUGGAUUUACUUUUAAAGUAGUCGGAUGGCGUUUACUUGGAUUAUCUAUUGGUGUUUAUGGUUGUCUUUUUCUAUAUGAGCGAUUAUCAUGGACAACAAAAGCAAAAGAACGAGAAUUUAAAAGGCAGUAUGUUGAGUAUGUUACUAGUAAACUACGGAUGAUUGUUGAUAUUACGUCAGCAAAUUGUAGUCAUCAAGUAGAGCAAGAACUUACUACUACUUGUUCACAAUUAUGCCAGUUAGUUGAUGAGUCAUCAGAUAAUCUCAGUGAUCAAUUGAAAAAUUUGGACCAUGAACUUAAAAUAUUAGCCAAAUCAACAGAAGUAUCUAAGAAUUUGAAAAAUAAAGCUGAUUUGUUGAAAGUAGAUUUAAAGCAAUUUGACAAUACUUUCCUAUGUCAAAACUAGUCAAAAUAUACUAAUUAUCUGUUGAGUAUUUCUAAAUAUAUUUUUUUUUUUUUUAGUAUAGAUGUAAAAUGUUUUAUCUUUUCUUACUUCAUUGAAAUAAUAUUUGAUAAUUUUAAUAAUUGACCUUUUUAAUUGUUCUAGUUAAAGUUUUUUGUUUAUUAUAAUGGAUCGAUAACAAAUUAAAUUUAUGUAAGAACUAUAAUUGAAUGAUGCAGUAAUUGUCAAAAAUAAUGGUUGUUUUGUUUGAAAUAUUAAAAUAAAGAAUUAGAUAAACUAUUGAACAGUCUAUAA